UAACUGUGUUAUUUGGCUCAGAAUCUGUCAUAGCAGCAAAGUGUAAUUAUAUUUCACAAUUAUAAGAAAAUUACAACAAAACAAAACAAUCAUCGUGAUUUCAACAUGAACGUGUUACCAGCUCAGCCAAUAGGCAUUCAAAGUACAGCAGGAGCUGUACCAAUUCGAAAUGAAAAAGGUGAAUUGUCCAUGCAAAAGGUGAAAGUGCAGAGAUAUAUAUCUGGAAAGAAACCUGAUUACGCUCAAGGUGUUAGUUCUUCAGAGGAAUCAGAUACAGAAGAUUUUAUAGAGCAACAGAAACCUGAACGCAGGGUGCAGAUCGCUUCACAAAUUGGUACUAAACAUGAGGAACACAGUGAUUCAGAGAAAGAAGUUGAUGACCCCCGUCUACGUCGACUGCGCAGGGUGGCGCGGUCGCCCCCGCGCCGUGAAGAGCACAAGCCAGAAAUUAUUGAUGCAGAACCAGAACCCGAGUCGGAAUCGAGUGCGGAGGAGGAGCGUAACACUUCAGAAAGUGAUGAUGAUUUGGACGAAGAGGAAAUAGAGAAACGACGACAAGCUUUAAAAGCUAAACUAGCUGCAAGAGAAGCAGAAAAGGAGGUUCUUGGUGGUGAUGAUGAUGAGGAAAUGUUAGACGGUGAGAAGGAAGAAAGUGGUUCAUCAGACACAGAGUACACCGACAGUGAAGAAGAUACAGGUCCCAGGGUAAAACCUGUUUUUGUAAGGGCAUCGGAGAGAAUGACAGUGACGGAAAAAGAACGUAAAUUAAAACAGCAGAAGAAAGAAGAAUCGGAUGCUAGAAAAGAAAAAGAAGAAAGGCGAAGAGAGGCCUUGAAGUUAGUUGAAGAGACAAUACGAUCAGAACAGAGGAAUGCUCAGGGUGAUCAAAAAGAAGCAAAUAUAAAUGAUGUUUGUACUGAUGAUGAAAAUGAUGAAUUGGAAUAUGAGGCGUGGAAACUACGCGAAAUGAAGAGGAUAAAGCGGGAUAAAGAAGAAAGAGAAGCUAUUGAGAAAGAGAUGUUGGCGAUUGAGCGCAUGCGCAACAUGACGGAGGAGGAGCGCCGAGUUGAACAACGACUGAAUCCUAAAGUUGUCACUAACAAGUCUGUUAAGGGGAAGUACAAGUUCUUACAGAAGUAUUACCACAGAGGUGCGUUCUACUUGGACAAAGAGGAUGAGGUAUACAAACAAGACUUCUCCGGACCAACAUUGGACGAUCACUUUGACAAGACUGUUUUACCAAAGGUAAUGCAAGUAAAGAAGUUCGGUAGAUCAGGACGUACUAAGUACACUCACUUAGUAGAUCAGGACACGACAGAGUUUGACUCCGCCUGGAACAAUGAUGGCGCGGCCGCAAGACUUUCUAACUACCGCGGCGGUAUGAAGCAAGUCUUCGACAGACCGACUGCCAGAAGGAAUCAUACAAGCACAUAGCAUACUGAUAGUUCUAGCCCAAAACAUGAAAUGAAAUCUAAGGAGAAACUAACUAAAAUAGUUAGAAAAAAACAGAUUAAAUGAACUUUGAGGCAUAUAAAAAUUGUUUUUGUCAAUAAAAUCUGAGGCAAGACGUAUGGUCUAGGACAUUAUUUGAAAAUUAACUAGAAUGACGCAAUGACCUGAAGUGGGUUUUAAUCGCCUAGAAGUCUCCACACUUCGCAAGGAGCUACCUUAAGUCUGAUUCUACCUCUUAGAAUGACCAAGUUAGCAAAUUAAAAUAAAUAAUUUAAGCCAA